CGCCAUGGGGCGCCGGGCGCUCCUUCUGCUCUUGCCGCGGGUGCUGGCAGCGCUGGGCGGCCUCGUGGGCUCCGGGACCGAUGAAGCAAGGUGUAACAUGACAAGGCAAGCUGCGUGUGGGGACAGGUGCAUUCCCGUGGCCUGGCUCUGCGAUGGACAGCAAGAGUGCCCUGAUGGGACCGACGAGCAGUGUGAGGAAGCGUGUCACGGACAUCCACAGGCCUGGCAGUGUGACGACGGGAAGUGUAUUUCUAGUAGCCGGCUUUGUGACGGUACCGGGGACUGCCUGGACGGCUCCGAUGAGGUUAACUGCGAGACUGCUGUGGUGUGCCCUGGCCAGAAAAUCCAGUGUCCGGGACAGUCUCAGUGUCGCGAGCCUUGGGAACUCUGUGAUGUCCCCCGGGACUGUGAAGAUGGGCUCCAUGAAGCACGCUGCUCCCCGAACCACUGCCUGGCGGGCCAGUGGCUGUGCAGGAACGAGCUGUGUGUCCCAGAGAGCUGGAGGUGCAACGGGGUCAACGACUGCGGGGACUCCUCGGACGAGGCCGCCUGUGCCUCCUGUCCAGAAGGCAUGGUGAAAUGUGAGGAAGGGAAAUGCAUCCUGGAAUCCCUGAUGUGUGACGGGGAACUUGACUGCGUCGAUGGUGCUGAUGAACCAGCUACGUGUGGGAGGAACUGCUCCGUGGCCAACGGGGGCUGUGAGGGACAGUGCAGUGACACCGCCUGGGGAGUCCAGUGUUCGUGUGGAGCUGGGUGGCAGUUACAGCAGGACGGCCAGAGCUGUGCAGAUAUAGAUGAGUGUUCCCAGGCCUACAGUCCCUGUGGCCAGCUGUGCCGUAAUGUCCCGGGCUCCUACUCUUGUGCGUGUGUUCAAGGUCACCAGCUCUACAAUGGGACCAGUUGUCGAGUUACAGAUGAUGCUGUUAAAAUUCUUAUAGCGGCAGAGAGAGAACUUGGGGUCCUGGAUCGGAGAACAGGCAUCUAUGAGCCUCUGGUUCCUGUAAACUCGAGGCCGACUUCUGUCGCCUAUGAUCUCGACAGAAGCAUGUACUUUUGGGUGGAUGAAGCCUUACACGUGUUUGUCCUUGGGAAGCCAAACCCGGUUCCUCUCUAUCCAGAACUUCAGGCCGUGGACAGUAUCUCUUUGGACUGGCUCACGGGGCUGCUGUAUUGGGCUAGCAGCUUCGCAAGGGUCAUCGGUGCUGGCUUGAGUGAUGGCAGAGGCUACGUCAAAAUCUUGGAGAAGGAUCUGGUACCAGAGCAGCUCAUCGUGUUUCCCCCGAAGAAGUCAUUGUAUUGGGUAAAUCGUGGUAAGAAAGGCAGGAGAACUCUCGAGGCUGCAGGGAUGGAUGGCUCAGAUCGGAAGGUGCUCGCAGCCGUCCACAUGGAGGAGCCUGUGGGACUGACGCUUGACCCCGUGGCCGGCCGCCUCUACUGGAUCAGCGAGUAUAAAGAGUCCAUAGAGACGGUCAACGUGGAUGGCAGUGGGAGGCACACAUUUCCUGAGAUCUUCUUGGAAGACGACAACCCAAUAGGACUAGCUAUAUUCGAGAACUCCUUCUUCUGGGCAAAUAAAAUACAUCUGUAUCAUACUUCACCCCACACCCCCAAGGAGAGAGCGGUGUUGCUCAAUGCUUCCAUGUCUGCUUUCUCCAUCCUCCACAAAUCCCAGCAGCCCAAGGGCAGACCGCCAGCAUGUGCUCCAGGCUCAUGCAGCCACCUCUGUCUCCUGUCCCCCGUCCAUCCCAAGGGCUAUAAGUGUGUUUGCCCAGAGGGAAUGUUCCUUUUGCCUUCCGGUACAUGUAGCGAGUUAAAGAUAGUAUUUUCGUCUGGCAAACGUCUCUACUUGUUGAAAGUUGGUUUUAUGGGAACUGCUAUAGAGAGAACCCUAGUUCAAGAGCAUUCGAGAAACAUCUAUUUACUGGAUAUUGACUGGAAAAGAAACCUCGUCUACUGGACAAAUGCCGGGGGACAGCUGUUCUGCUCAGCUGGCUAUUCAGGAGAAAAGCAAGAGAUUUGGACAGAGCACACAGUCUGCUCAGCAAAGGUGGACAUAUCCACGGGGAACUUGUACUGGCUGCCAUGUGACCGACGUGCUAUCCAGAAGACUGGACUCCCUGGCCCAGACACCUGGACCCUCUACACAACAGGCCGCAUUAUACUGCAUCUUCUUCUCGACUGGCCAGAGAGAGUGCUCUACUGGGUGGAGAGUGGGAAGCACUUGCAAAGUAUGACCCUCGAUGGCAAAACCAGACGGCAAGUCUGGACGGGCACCUGGACGGCAGACACCCACAUGACCUUGGACCUCGGCGCGUCUAGCAUCCUCUGGACGGCCAAAGGGUCAGGUUUGCAAAGUCUGAGUCUCCUAAAAAACAGAACAUACACUUUGAACAAGACCUGGAGUGACGGCAUUCUUGCGGCUCACGAGCCCUACCUGGUGACCGUGCACAGGGGAGCCCUCCUGCUGUGGGACAGGAGGACACUGGAGCCCUUCACCUUGUCCAAAGAGCCGUAUGUGAGGACACUGAUCAUCCUGACUGAGAACCAGCAAGUCCCAGAUCCUGAGCUUGAAGGGGUGGCCGCAGAUGGUCCUUCCGCGCUUCCUCUUGCACCCCCAUUGCUCUGUACCCCGUCUUCUGUCCCCUGUCGGAACGGGGAGGAAUGCGUUUCUCGGGAGUACCUCUGCGAUGGCAAGCCGGACUGUCAGGACGGCUCAGACGAAGGGGACUGUGCCCGGUUCUGCAGCAGACCAGGGCUCUUCCGGUGUCGGAACGGAAACCAGUGCAUUGAGGAGACCUUCCGCUGUGAUGGGGCUCACCAGUGCUCCGAUGGGUCUGACGAGCUGGGCUGCUGGAAGCCCGCUGAAGAUUGUUCUCUGCGUUGUGACAACGAGACUCGCUGUGUCCCCAAGAGCUGGCUGUGUGACGGCCACCCCGACUGCUCUGACAGGAGCGAUGAACAAAGAUGCGUUCAGGUGAAGUGCAGCGCCUUUGAAUUUCAGUGCGAGAACGGCCAAUGCAUCUCGCACUUUCUGCGCUGCGACGGGAACCGAGACUGCCUGGACCACUCGGAUGAGGACGGCUGCUCUGUGGCCUGGCCGCUGCGGUGUCCGUCGGGGGAGGUGAAGUGCCGGGGCAGCGGAGAGUGUGUGCCCGUGGCGUGGCUCUGUGACCGUGACUUUGACUGUGAAGACGGGAUGGAUGAGAAGGACUGUGAACCCGAGAAGCUUCGCUGUGGCUCCAGGCAGUGGUCCUGUGCCGGCGGAGACCAAUGCGUGCCUGACGUGUGGCGCUGUGACGGGCAGAGAGAUUGUGAGGACGGCAGCGACGAGGCUGGGUGCCGCCCCGAGAAGUGCCCGAGCUCUGAGUUCCAGUGCCGCUCCCUCGGCUGCCUCGACCUCCGCCUGCUGUGUGACGGGAAGGAGGACUGUGCGGACGGCUCCGAUGAAGGUGGAAUGUGCCUGUCGUCAGCAUGCAGCGGGGCGCGGUGUUCCCACGCCUGCUACCGGUCCCCGCACGGGCCUGUAUGUGCUUGUGAGCGAGGCUUCGAGCUGGGGAGCAGUGGCCAGAUCUGCAAGGAUGUGGACGAGUGCCAGAAGCCAGCUGGUCAGCCUUGCAGUCAGACCUGUGUCAACACCCAGGGCUCCUACCGCUGCACCUGUCACCCUGGCUACUCACUGGAGCCCGAUGGCCACACCUGUAAAGCAGCAGGUACCGAACCCAUCCUGCUGGUGGCGAUUCAGUUCAACCUUCUCCUCUACGGCUUGAGGAGCUUGAAGGAGGACAUUCUGACAACUGUGGACAAGAAUGUGAUGAUCUUCUCCAUUGACUAUGACUUAGUGGGGCAGAAGGUCUUCUGGAUAGAUCCUGGUGCAGAAAGCAUUAAGUGGAUUAGUAUGGACACAAAGAGGAAAGGGACCGUGGUGAAGGGGAUGAAGUCAGAAUGUGUAGCGGUCGACUGGAUUGGGAGGAACCUCUACUGGGUGGAUGGGGCGGCAGGCCAGAUUUUGGCCAUUCAGCUGACGGCUGUGUGGAGAGGAAGAUGCGAGCACACGAUUGUCCUGGGCGAUGACUUGGCUCAGCCACGGUCUUUGGCUUUAGAUCCGCUAAAUGGGUUAAUGUACUGGUCUGAAAUUGGAGGAGAACCUCAAAUAGAACAAGCAGGGAUGGACGGUAGCGGCAGGAAAGUCCUCAUCAGUCAAGGUCUCGGCUGGCCAACCAGCAUAGCUCUCGACCGGUUGAGCUGGAAGAUAUUCUGGUCUGAUGACCAGUUUCACUGUAUUGGCUCUGCUAAUCUGGAUGGUACUGGUGUUAGCAUGUUGCAGCUAACACAAAUCAGGAGCCCCUUUUCGGUCGCUGUGUUUGAAGAUGAAGUCUUCUGGUCUGACAUGAAGACGAGAACAGUACAGCGCGUGAAGAAGACAACAGGCAAGAGCAGGGCUGUUCUCAUCAAACGUUCCCAGCAGCCUCAUGGACUCAAGAUAAUGCACGAAGUACUCCAGCCCAAGGCUCCUAAUCCCUGUCUGGACGCCCGCUGUUCUCACUUGUGCCUUCUGAGCCCGCGAUCCAAGGCAAGCUGUCGUUGUCCAGUUGGCCUCCUGCUUGCGGACGAUGGCACCACCUGCAUUCCGCUCGAGGAUUCUGCAUUUCUGUUCCUCGCAUUGCCCACAGCUAUCAUGCAGAUUUAUCUGAAAAAUCUAGAAGCUUUACUAGGACAACCAGCUUUACCAGAACAUAGGAUACUUCCCUUUACCAAUGCGAACCAGCUUGCAUCCCUGGAUUACAUAGUCCAGGAAAAGGCUCUCUACCUUUCAGAGUUGGAUAAUGGUGAUAUCAGGCUACUGAGGCUCAAAGAAUCUGGAAAACUCUCUUGGAGGAAAAUCCUAACUGUGGAGGGAACAGUGACUGACCUUGCUGUGGACUGGUUGAGUGGAAACAUAUAUUGGAUUGACAGUGAGAAUCCUCACAUCAACGUGGCUUCCUCAAAAGGCCAGUAUCCCACUGUGCUGGUCCGUGAAAAUCUCUACCAGCCAGCCUCGGUUGUGCUCCACCCGCCCUCUGCAGUCAUGUGCUUUGUGGACCUGGGUGCCCAGGACAACGGCAGGUGCGGGUCCAGCAUUGAAUGUGCCUCCAUGGACGGCCGCAAGAGGAAGGUGCUGUGGCAGAAAUCCCAGGUCCCUGCGGGCCUGACCUUCUUGGAUUCGGGAACCCGAGUUUACUGGGCUGAUACUGGGCGAGGCCUCAUAGAGAGUAUUCAACAAGAUGGCUCUGGGUACAGAGUAGACCGCAGAGGCAUUGAGGGCCUCACCCUCUUUACCAUUGGCCAAGGCGUGAUGUUCUGGGUGACAACUGAUGAUGCACAAAUCACUAAAGUUUGGUACGGCAAGGCAGAGCUUUCAGAAGACCAGUGGUUCCAAAUAGACCAGAAGAUUGUGGAUUUAAAAGUUUACAGUAAACUUAGUCAACAGGGUAGUAACAGCUGCUCCAAAGACAACGGAGGGUGCAGCCAUAUGUGUCUACCAAACCCUGAAGGAGCGACUUGUAAAUGCCCCAGUGGGUACUUCUUGGCUAACGAAAGCAAAUGUGUUGAAGCUGUCCCGUGCUCUGAGCUGUCCCAGGCCUGUGAGGAUGGUCAGGAGUGCAUUUCCCCGGAGCAAGUUUGUGAUGGUCGUGCUGACUGUCUGGAUGGAUCUGAUGAGAUGCGCUGUACGUAUCCAGAUAAAACCCAUUCAACACCAACAUCUAAAAAUGCAGAGGCUGGAAAAAGGUUGACUCCAGAAGCUUCCCUACCUUUCCAAGCUCCCAAGUCCACCAAGGCUAGAUAUCCGGGUCCAGAGGGGAUGAGUUACCCUGUCAGAAAAACACUAAUCCCUCCAGUUUCUGCUAGAGAAAGCAAGAACUCAGAAACCAAGGAAAAAGGCGAACUUGUCCAGCCCAAGAACUUACAGAGAGCAAAACAUUUGCCCUGUAGCACAGAUUUCUGUAGCGGAAGGGGAAUCUGUACAAUGGUAGGCCCGCUGAGAAAGUGCCGCUGUCCGGUGGAAUAUGGCGGAGAGUUCUGUGAAGAGCCAGCACGUGGACCUGCCCCUGGCUACAUCACCCUCAGCUUAACCAUUGUCUUAGCAGUUGCACUAGUUGCUCUGGGAGCACUUGUCUGUCUCAGAAGAGAACACAAAUUCAAAAGAAAUAGUGCAGCAGCAUCAAGAAAUUCGACCCACCAUAAAGACAAUGCCCAAGAAGAGGAGAAUCUAAUGAACAGUGAGACUUUUGUCAACGAGGCCUACGAUGAGCAGGAACUGUUAACUUUACAAAGUGACUAACCUGCUGAAAAAGGAGCUGAAACAUCUCUCUAAAAAUUGUUUAGACACUGCACUGUGUACUGUUUUAACGUCUAUAAGUAACGAACUGUAACUAGGUGCGAAGAUGGUAACUUAUUAACAUAACUGCUUUUUAAAUUGGAGGAUUGGUUUUGUUGGCAGAGGUUGGGGGACUGCAGAGUCACAGGCCAGGUCGGAUUUCUGCACAAGCUCCAUGUGGUUUAGGUGAGGGCUCGUCUGCAGAGACUGUCUGAUCCCCAGUGGGAGUGGCCCAGUGCUGGUCAGAGGUUCUGGAUUUGAAUCAUAGUCCCGUCACUAACUUUGAUGGGUGCUUAAUUGCUCCGAACUGGCUUUUUCAUCUUACAGAAGGGAAGGAUCUCUUAAAUCUUUACCUCCCAGGUAAAGGUCAAGUUUCUGCAGUGUAGCAAGUGUUCAAGUAUUAGUUCUUUAUCAGUCCCUCUCAGAUGUUUUACUACAAAGUUAGUACGCGCUUUUGUUGAAAAUUUAUAAAAGAUGUUGUUUAAUGCUCUCAUUUGAUUCUAAAACUAAGUACAGUGGACCCUUGAGCAACACAGGUUUGAACUGCACCGGCCCACUUACGUGCAGGUGGUUUCCAUCAGUACGUAUACUGUGAAUGCAUUUUCUCAUGAUUUUCUUAGUAAUAUUUUCUUUUCUCUAGCUUUAUUGUCAGAAUACAGCAUAUAAUACAUAUAAUAUACAAAAUAUGUGUUAAGUGACUGUUAUGGGUAAGGCUUCUCAUCAACAGUAGGCUGUUAAGUUUUGGGGGAGUCAAGGCGUGUGUGGAUUUUCUACCGCAGUGGGUGGGUGUCCCAACCCCUGUCUGCUCCAGGAUCAGCUGUGCAGGUGGAUUUACUCUACUGAUGUAGAAACUCAGACAGUGAUUUGUCUAAGGCUUGAAGUAAAGUAGGUAGACACUGGGGGCCUCAACAUAGCGUUACCGGUGUGGACUGGGACUCAUCUUGAUGAGCUCUAGUCUGCUGGGAAACUCACAGAUGCUACUUAGAUCCCGGACUCCCUUUGGCCCUCCAGAUGGUAUCUUCCUUUACACUCUUAUGUAAGGAAUCACGGGCACUGAAUCUGUGACGGGAGAUGGAUAACAGGAGCAUUGUCAACAUUCAGUAGCAACCUUGGGCUGAUCACUUAAUCAUGAAACUGUUUCUCCAAUGAUAACAAGAGGGUUAAGAGAACCUACAUCAGCCAAUGAAUCAUCACAUGAAGAUAUAAAAAUAUGUGCACUGCUUAGUGCGUAGUACCAGAGGCUGAGAACCCAAGUCCAAAUGAUAGUCAUGACUUGUCUUGGAAGUCUUUCCUUGCUUGGCUGUUUGUCUAGGCUAUUUAUAAAGUUCGUUUCUUGUAGCAUGCGUUUGUGUAGGCUUCAAGGCGUAAGAGCGGUCCUAAGCUUAUAGCUGUGGGUAUGGAAUAUAAAAUUGACUGUGCUUUGCAGUCAAGUAUAAAAAUUUCCAAGUACAGAUCAACUUGACAGGAAAAACAAAAGCUGGGGGUUCCACCCUUCCCGAGGCUGGGAGACACCCGCAGCAGCAUUCAGUUUCCUGGGGGCACUUAACUGUAUUUGAGAGAAACCAUUUCCGCACUGAAGCGCACGAGACCCCUCGCCACAGAGUGAUUCUUCGGUUUUUCUUGCCACCGCUUCCAAGAACCGUCUCCCUGCCAAGUUGGCCCUUGGCAAGGCUCUGCCUCCAUCUGUGGAAAAGUGAGUAAAAAACGCUGGAAAACGUGCAUGAAUGACAUGCAGCGGCAUUAUCACUUUGUCUGGACACACUUUAGCUGUCACCCUCACCUCCUGCAGACCCUAAGCGUCCAGCAGACUUCCAAGACUAGAGUUCUAGCCAGCUCCCUUGACCUUGGACUUCCGCAGGCUGUGCCUUCAACUCCACAGGCCCCGCCUUCUAUUCCACAAGCUCCGCCUCCUGUCUAGACCCCAACCGCUCCACCAUUUCCUUUUCCAGGUGAAAGGGUGGCUGACAGCAGCCCAAUCUGUGUGUCACGCAGGUAUCCCUCACCUCUACCUCCUGCCCGGGCUUAGUCAUGUCUUCUCCUAUCUGGUCUCCUAUGAACUGUGCCUAAGUAUUAUCCCGCUUGAAUGCAGUUUAAUGCAUCGUUAUGCAUCCCCAAUUCAAGAAUUUACAGGACACCUCUGAACUCCUUUUCACUGACAGACUAAGUAUAAAUGUUAAGUACCCAUUCAUAGGAUUAACAAUCCCUAACCACUGCUAUGCCCGACACUGGCUUUCAUAUGUCAGUUACCUAAACUUAGCUGUUUGGAGCAAAGGCAUAUUAACUGUAAGAACCUUCUUUUGUGAUGAUCUCAGUAUUAGGUGUUAAUUUCUUAAUUUCUCUCCACCUAAAUAGAUGAAGUAGUAAACUCCAUAGCAGAUGUGAAAUUUAAAUUUCCUUUUUUUUUUUUUUUUUUUUAAGAUUUCAUUUAUUUGACAGAGAUCACAAGUAGGCAGAGAGGCAGGCAGAGAGAGAGGAGGAAGCAAGCUCCCCGCUGAGCAGAGAGCCUGAUGCGGGGCUUGAUCCCAGGACCCUGGGACCAUGACUUGAGCUGAAGGCAGAGGCUUAACCCACUGAGACACCCAGGUGCCCCCAAAUUUAAAUUUCUUUGUAGAAACUCAACAUCUGUAACCUGGUGGUAGCUUUGGGUUUCCUUCUGGAGAGGGACAAGGAGCUUGAGAAAAGCUCAUAGUUUCAUGCGAUAGGUUCAGAGAGCCCUGUGGAAAACUUGACCUUUUAGGUCUCUAGCUAGCAAUUCAGUUAAACUCUUGCUACUUACUUGUUUUAGGAAACCAAUGGGGAGAGAUCAUUGAUGUUGGAAGCGAUGCAGCAGGUUCCUACUCUUUUAACCGCUGGAAGGCUUUUGAAAUCCAGAGAAACCAGGAGCUAGAACAUGGAGUUGGUCGCCAUCACUUACCAGAUGUACAGAUCAGUCUGCUUCCUCGGCCUUCACCGUUCACAUUUACUUCUCUCCUCUCAGCCUCACCCAAUUCUUAAGCUUCACUCUCAAGACAGCGCAUUUGGAAAGGCUGUGCGGACCUCGGGCUGGUUUGUGAGCACGGCUCCGCCCACCUGCCUGUCAGAGGGAGGACGUGCUCCACAGCCCCGCGGGACCUGAGGGAGGGUGGUCCAGUUGUCUUGACUGUUUGUUUCAAGCCCUGCUCCCCACAUGUGAACCCUGGAGAAGCAAGCCCUCUCGUCAGCAUUGUCUCCCCCACGCCUCGUCUUGUGUUUUCCUUGAUUCCGACAAAGGCCCUUGUUUUCCAGUGUUCGGUCCUCUGUAAUGGAGAUUUGCUGGAGGGGGUCAUUGAACUGCGGGCAGUGAGGAGACAGGGGAAUGUACGCGGGGGUCACGGGGCAGACUGGAUGAGAAUUGCACACAAGUUUGUGGUUUUUUCCCCUCCCUGGCCCCUCACACAAGUUUGUAUUUGAAGUUGUGAUGUUGUCCCUUAUUUUGUUCCCCUCACAUUGAGAAAAUCUCAUCCAUGACAUGUUGGGACCAGAGGAGGCACCGGUUGUGUUGGCCUGGUCCUUGCAAGCCGAUGGUAACCCAGUUCGCAAAGUUGGUCCCGUGACCCAUUCCCCGCCAGCGUCUGUGCCCCUCCACACCCUGUGGGCCUGUGGCCUCGGGUCACAAAUGACUGUACAAGACAAGUUGUGUAUAAGGCAAAGAGGCACUUAGGGUACAGAAACAGAUUUUAGAGGUAACUUAUUAAAUUUCUAACAGUUCCCAAACAAGUGUUAACACCGGUUCUGGGACUACAAAUAUACAUAGAAACUAUCAUACCCUUACUUUCAAUUUAGAGGUAAAACAGAAAUGUACAUCAAGAAAAUGACAUGCUUGAACAUGUGAGUGAUAUGUCCAACAGGACGCCUCGAAGCUGUUGUGGGAAAGUUGCCAUUUAGGGUGUGUGGGGGGCUGGUGAUAACAUAGGCCCUGGCCAAGCCAUGAAUGGAGUUGAAGCCGAGAAAGGAUAACACCUAAGGAAGAUCCCAGGGCUUUUAAAGACAUGAUUGACUGAGUUUGUGCCAGACCAGACUGUAUUCAUUCCCUCCUCAAGCUCUUAGCCUGACAAAGGGCAGAGGGCAAGAUUUUCCCAGCCUCCCUCAAAGACACCACCAGCUUCUUCCUGUCCUUAGCAGCCAGUUCUAGAGCCAAAUGGAAGCAAAACACACUGGUGCCACGCCCACUGCGCCAUCACGGUUCUCUCUUCUUUCCGUUCUCUGCUCAAGCAUCACCUCCUUCCUGACCACCUUCCCUAAAAUACCACCCUCUCCUCAAGCCCUUGUGGCUGGUCUGUUUCUCCUCAUUUUCCUAGUGCGUGUCUCUCAGGCUUUGCUAGAUUGUGUAAGUUCCCCAAAGGCAGAGCCUGGAGUGGUCUUCCAAGGUGCCCACAGAUGUGCCGACGAAACGACAGGUGCCCCCGCACCUACUGGUUGGAUGGUCUAUGCAUGGUCUAGAAGCAUCUUGACAGCGCCUCCUACAGCAUCUGCAAAUGUUGAACAGCUUCUGUGCUGAGAUCUUCACCCCUCCUCACAGAAGGCAUGCUGCUAGGUCAGAGCCAGCCUGGCCAACAGGCAGAGCAGGAGCCUUGUGAACAGUGUCUGCUCUACGUUCACACAUUCCUCGGUCCCUGCAGGCAGGCACAAGCUGAGUAAUCUCGAGAAGACUUCGCCCAUUAAUUGGGGACACAUACUUCGUAUGUGAUCAGGUUCAUGAAGAACAGGUCGUGAUG